UUCAUAUGUCUACAUAUAUAUGUAGCAAUGAUAGAGCUUCAGAAAUGGAAUCUUGGUGUUUAUUAAUAAUUUCCCCCGACGUUGUAUGAAAUACGAGUCCACAAUUAGCCGAUAUAAUUAGGAGCUAUUAACGAAAUUUCCGUAAACUUGUAGUAAGCUUCCUACGCUUUGAAUUUGGAACAAUUUGGAGAUUAAUUGUAGCGGCUCCUCGCAACAUGUACGAGAAACGAGAGGAGAUGUAUUCGUGAAGAGUACGGUUUCUCGAAUAAUCGUUCACGAAAAAGUACAUGAAUUAUCGCACGCUUAAAAUGGAUGCAUCCUUGUCAGCUUAUUGGGUGAAGUUUUUCAAAGGAGCUGGAUUUUCGCAAGAUGUAGCCACUAAACAUGCAGUUGUAUUUUCCAACAAUCGUAUUAAACCAGAUAUGUUACCGGAUUUAGAUAAACCUAGUCUAAAAGAAAUGGGUAUUACAUUAAUGGGUGAUAUGAUUGCUAUUUUGAGAUACGCCAAGAAAGUUGUGGAAGAAACAACAUGCGAGAGAUUCCUAGUCGAUUCGGAAGAUAUAGCUUCUGCUCCAAAAGUUAGUCCAAAACCUAUUGCGAAGAAAGUAGUUUCCAAAGAAAUUGGAAAUAAGAUGGUAGUUUCAUUAGCUUCAAAAACAGAUGUUGCAAAGAAGAUAGUUAAGCCUUUGUCUACAACAGCAAAAAAGAUUGUGACCAUAAAGAAACCGAUAUCUGUAUCGACUACUAACAAUAUUACUAAUCAAAAGCAAACCUCUGUUAAAAGAAAACUAGUGUCGGAUGAAGUAUACGAGGACGAUGAUGAUAACUGGAAUAUUAUGGAAAAGAAAACUAAAACGACGAACGGCAAGGAUGAUACUGUCGAAUAUACCAUCACUGUUCCAAAACCAACAAGCGUAAGAACUCAAGUCCUUAAAAAGCCUAUUGAACAAAAACGAACGGUAUUCGACAGACUAGGUGAUAGUUCUGUUACAAGCACAACCAAUUUAGCCGAUACAACACCUACUUUCAACAUUACUGGUGUCAGCAAGGAUGUAUUCAAAAGAUCGACUAGUGUGUUUAAGCGUCUUGGGGAUAUAGACGAUAAGAGAGAUGUGACUACUGCAGGAAUACUUAAGAAUGGAUCGGGAAUUCCUAGUUCACCAGGUAUAUUGAAGAAUCGGAUAUCACCUACUAUACGUACAUCGAUUGUAACGAAAAGAAUUAUACCCAAAACUACCGGUACUAUGCAUGCCGAUCAUGAAGUCAGUAAAAAGAUUGCUUUGAACAACACAAGUCGUAUACUUAAAUUGAAAAAAGAGGUAUCUGAUGCUACACCAAGCAGUGAAAGAAUCACCAAACCUACAGUUACAUCUGGCAAAUUAGCUUCGGAGAGACUUAUCUCCAUACCGGCUAAGGCACGCCUUGGCACAACCACUGCCAAACAAGUGACGUUUAGUAAAGUGGCAACAGUGACGCAUGUCAAGAAAGCGGAUGUUUUCAGUCGCCUAGGCCUUUAAGCUGGGUAUCUUUUGUAUUUUCUCUCCAUUGUCAAUCGCGAAUGACUAGCAAUUUGCGAUCGAAUCAUUGUUUGUAUAAAAUAAUCCUCCAAGCUGCCAGGUGCAUCGACAACGGUUAGCGCAAACCGAACGAUUGAUUUCAUUUCUUUUCUGUUAUGAUAUGCAAGAUAUAUCGCUAAUCAGAGUCGUUGCAAGGCUGCGAGAGUGUUGUUACAAAUAACACGUAUGGUGUAAAUAUAAUAAAAGAGACAUUGACGUUUUAUAUUUACGAUGUAGCGACGCCAUGAAUUGCUCGGACAUGAUAACGUUAGUCUAAUGUGAUAUAUAUCGUUUUUGUUUCCUAAGAAAACAUUAAGAAUUCUCAAUAAAAGUAAUUCAACUUUUUUUUCUUUCUUUAAAAAUAGUUGAAUUUUUUUUUUGGAAGAUUCAAAUUUACGUAAAAAUUGAGAAAAUACAGUUGUGUAAGACUUCGAAAAUCAAGUUUGUGUAAAACUGUCUUUAUACUUCAUGAAAUAUUUACAUGACAAGAUAUUUACAUACAAUUGUAUGAACGAGCAAUUAUAGACUUUAUGUAUUUAGA